GCGAGUGGUGAUCGAGUAAAGAGCUCCCUGUAGUUGUUCUUGUUUCAGUCUUUAGCGUUAUUGGUGUAGGUCACGUAUCUUAAUUUGUAGCCCUAUUUUAAAUUUGUAUUCAAAUGUGUCUUAAUAAUUGAUAAUUAUUAAUAUUAAUCAUUAAUAUUGAUGUUAAUAUUAAUUUUAAUGGUAUAAAAAGUCAAAUUUUGGAUUUUAACCGGUUAGUUUUUGGAUAUUGAUUGUCCAAGUGAGCACGUGCGUUCGGAAAAUGUUGUGGGAAACUGUUACGGAUUCUUGUGAAGUUUAUCAGUGCACAAGGCUGUUCAAAAAUGUCUUCAAAAUAAAAGGGACGCCGGAAGGUGCAAUGAAAUCGCGUUUGAAGUCUCGUCGCUCGGCAACCAUGACCUCCAGACGGGUCUCCAGCCCGGAGUUCUCGUGUUUGUCUAUCGACAACAAGGAGAAUGGUGGCGCCAUCUGUAGUCCGCUUAGUAGUAUGAAGAGUCCUCUUAAGAAGUCAAGGCUGCAUAGCCUUCGCUCUCCCCUGGAAGACUACGACCCAAACAGCCAAGACAGCGGAUAUGGAGCCUCAUCAGAAUCUUUAUCCACCUUCCGGUUCUUAGAACCCCAUGGAGUGGCUCCUCGUCGAAUUUCAAUGGACAGAAGUCCGCAGCAGUCUCCAAUUCGUUCUUCUCCGCACCGUCGGCCAGUUUCGAGUCUCCGACGACGUUUAUCAGCCGACCCGGAGCUGGAGUCGAUGGACGACGGGUUCAACGAGCUGAUUGACCUGGACAACUUCCUGGACUCAAACGGAUCGAUGCCCAACGACUUGAGCACGUUAAUCUCCGGAGCGAUUUUCGAGAAACCGAUGGAGUGCGACGCAACGACUCCAGAAUCUCGUCCCCGCCCUCCAGGAGUCCGUCGGUCGUUGUCCCUCCAGGCGACUAGCCCCGAGCACGAUACUCCGCCAUUAUCCAAGGUCAGGUCUUGUCUCUUCAGGUCGCCGACUGCCACCUCAUCGACCUCCAAGCUCAAGUACCAGGACAAGCCUCGGGCUUUGUUCGCUGAUUCUCCAGACUCAAGAGUUCCAGCUCCAGUAAGAAGUUUCAAGCGUCCGGAACCGCCCUCGGACUCCAGUCCCGUCCUGGUCAAGCGGACUAAAAAGACCUCCAGCCUCAAGGAAAUUUCGGAGAAUUCUGAACGGAAGGCUGCCCUCCAGAGGUCCUUCUCGGAGCCUGAAGCUCAUGCGCAUAUCAAGUCUGCUAUUCAUAGAAGCACCACUGAUGCUGAUCUUACUGGAGACUUUUCCAAGACUUGUAUUUUGCCUUUGGCUGAAGGUCAUCAUGAGGAUUUGAAGUCUAUCACUGCUGAGACUCUAGCUAGACUUAUCAAGGGAGAGUUUAAUGAAAGAGUCGCCAGCUAUAAGAUUGUUGACUGCAGGUAUCCUUACGAAUACGAAGCAGGCCACAUCGAAGGUGCUCUAAACUUAUACACAAAAGACCUAAUCGAAGAGUACCUGAUGAAACCCUUACAAGAACGUCCAGAAAUCCAACCAGAUAGUGACCGUCGCAGCAUCCUAGUGUUCCACUGUGAGUUCUCCUGGGAGCGAGGUCCUAACCUCUCCAGGUUCCUCCGGAACAUCGACCGAAAAUUGAACAAAGAGCACUACCCCGCUCUGCACUACCCGGAGAUCUAUCUUCUUCACGGCGGGUACCAGCAGUUCUACCGCGCCCAGAUGGAGCUCUGCACUCCCCAGGGCUACAGACCCAUGACUCACCCCGACCACGAGGAAGACCUCCGAAGGUUCCGUAGUAAAAGCAAGAGCUGGCAAGGUGAAAAACGCGUCGGGCUUAACAGGGGUAACCUCAAGAGACUCGGGUUCUAAAAGUGCAAAAUUUUUAUUUUAUUUUUAUUUUAUUUUGUGUACAUAUUUGAGAUUUGGGGCGGGUUUUUUUUUAUUUCACUAGCAGACUCAUUAUCAUUAUUAUUAUUAUUUUCAUUUUUUUUAUAAUUGUUUCGAGGUCUGGAGGAAUACAUAUCAAAAUUUCAGAUAAAUCGGUCAAGUAGAUUCGGAGAUAUUGAUGAAAAUAUAAGUGUAUUAAUUUCGAAAGUCAAUGCAGUCAAAAUUUUUUAUUAUUUUUGAACGUUAGAAAAAAAAGUAAGGAUAUUAUUAUUAUUUUGAUCGAAAAUAUGUCUUCAUUCAUUUUGAAUGUCAAUGUCGUAAAAAAUGAAUUUUUUAAAUUUAUAUAUAAAUUUAAUGGUAUAGAAAAUUGAUUAUUUUAAUUUUGAGCGUCAAUGCAGAAUGUUUUGAAUUUAAGAGGCAAUGUGUAACAAAAUUUCAUUUUUUAAAUAAAAAUAAGAAUUAUAAUUAAAUAAACAAAGAAUUGACAACAAACUGUAUUGAUUUUGAGCGUCAAUUCCGACUACAUUUAUAUAGAUAUCCAAUGUAGUCAAAAUGUCACUUUUUAUUAUUUUGAUCAAAAAUAUAACUGCAUUGAUUUCAAGUGACAAUGCAGUAAAAAUGACAUUUUUGUGGAUUUCUUAAAUUAUUAUAAUUGAAUUUAAUAGUAUAGAAAAUUAAUUGUUUUGAUUUUGAACGUCAAUGCAGACUGCUUUGAAUUUAAGAGUCAAUGCAGUAACAAAAUUUCAUUUUCAGUUGAGAAAAAUUAUUAAUUAGUUUCAUUAAAUAAAUUGAGUAUUGACAAUGUUUUCUGCAUUGAUUUUAAGCCACAAUAUCGACUACAUUGAUAUCGAAAGCCAAUACAGUCAAAAAUGUCAUUUUUAUUAUUUUUAAAAUUUUUAACAGAAAUAAUAAGGAUAUUAUAAUUAUUUUGAUAAAAAAAUAUGACUGUAUUUAUUUCGAAAGUCAAUGUAGUAACAAAAUUUCAUUCUUUAGUUGAAAAAACACAAUUUAGUGUCAUUAAAUAAAUACAGAAUUGAAAAUAUUUUCUGCAUUGGUUUCGAGCGUCAAUUCCGAAGGCCUUAAUAUUGAGAGUCAAUGCCGUAAAAAUGUCAUUUUUAAGCUAAAAACAAAAAUUUAGUGGCAAUUUUUGUGAAUUGCAAAUUGACAAUUACAAAGUAUUUUGAUUGUGCCAAUGCAGACUGUUUUGAUAUCGAGAGUCAAUGCAGUAACAAUCUUUCAUUUUUUAAGUUAAAAAACAAGAUUUACAGUUUAAUGUCUUUAAAUAAAAAAUUGACUUUCUUCAUAAAGAAUUGACAAUAUUUACUGCAUUGAUUUUUAACAGUAAUGCCAAGUACUUUGAUAUCGAAAGUCAAUGCAGUAGCAAAUGUCAUUUUUUAGUUACGAAAAAAAACAAAAUUUACAAUUUGAUGCCAUUAAAUAAAUAAAGAAUUGACAAUAUUUACUGCAUUGACUUUUAGUGUCAAUGUCGUAGCAAAAUGUAUUUUUUAGCUCAAAAAAAAUUUGAUUUGAUGUCAUAUUAACUAGACAAUUGAUAAGACUUACUGCAUUGAUUUUAAGAGUCAAUGUAGCUACAAAAUUGUUUUUAAUUUGAGUGUCAAUGCAGUAAAAAAAUUUGUAGUUAAAAAAACAUUACUAAUUUUUUUUUCAGGUACCCAUAAUAAUAAUAGAAAAAAAUUUCAAACUUAAAAAAAAUUGUGAUAAAUAAAUAAAAAAAAAUUUGUACAACAAAAUUAAAAACAAAAAAUGAAUCUGCUAAAUAAAAAAUCUCGCGUGGAAAAGAAGUAUGUUUCGGAGUCGAAAAUGCAAUAGCCUAGUCUUUUGAUAAUUAAUUAUAACCAUAAUUAUUAUUAUCAAUAUUAUUGUUUAUUAUUAUUAUUUUAUAAUUUUUUAUCGACAGUUUUUUUUUUUUUUUUUUCGAUAAUUAGUUAUUGAGAGACAGAGGCCUAAGGAGUAGAAAUAUAAAGUAUUUUUUUUAUAGAGGGCAGGCAUCCCAACUUGUAUAAAUAUCAUUCAUUAUUAUUAUUAUGAUUAUUAUUAUUAUUAUUAAUAUUAUUAUUAUUAUUUAAUAUAAUUGUGUGGGAUGUUUGAUAGGAAUGAAAAGAUAAGUAAGCUAGCAAAAAGAAUGGAAAUUUGAAUGAGAAAUGCUGGAAGUUUACUAAAAAUGUGCAAAUUAUAUUAAUUAUAUAUUUUAUGUGAAUUUGAUACAAUUGAUAAGUUAUUAUUAUUAGUUUAAUUAAAGAAGCUAGUUUCGGCUUAUGUUGAAUCGAAUUUAAAGAAGAAUAAAGUAUAAAUAUUGUCUUAA